AUGACUUCAAUUCAGUGCCCGUCUGCGUGGUUGAGACCUCGUAGGUGUAACGUAAUUCAGUUUCCUAAACGACUCGGCACAGCCAAACUCAUCUUCUCAUUUACCUUUCAUAAAGCCGCAAAAAACUUUUUGCUGUUGACUCUUGCGAAUGCUUUGACCCCAAAACCCAUGCAAACAUAUUAUGUUCCGUUACCAGAGAGCGACGUCUUCUCGUCAACUUUCAAAGUUAUCAACUCCGGCGCUCGUUCUGAUGUCAUGUCCGUUGUCUCAGUUGCCAUCUCCAUAGACGGGACCGUCGUUUGGUAUGACCAUUGGGAAGACGGAUAUGAUGCAAGCACAAAAUCAACUGGACCAACAACCAAGGUCUGGGGCGACGGAGACGCCAGUAAUGGCUGCGCGCCUGGGGUGAGUCCGUGUACCAACCAGAAAGACGUACUUACGGCUGGGCAAUCAAUCCUAAUGGAGAAUUGGGUGAAGCUCCCUCGUCAACCAAGUGUCAUCCGAUACGAUGGUGGCGACCGGAUCCAGGCAUCCUUUCCAAUUGCUGUUACCCGUGCCGAAUAUCCCAACCGUCCUGGCUCUCUAUUGGCAGGCGGAGUGGAGGUUCUACCAACCGAAAAGUGGGGACGGGACUUUGUGAUACCGGUCGGUCAAGACAUCACCGCCCGUUUGUUCAGCGAGGCCUUCCAGUACACUGCGGUUUACGUCAUGGCCGGAACCGAUGAUACAAUGAUCACCCUUCCGAACGGAUCAAUCAUUACACUCAAUCGGGGCGAAAGCCACCAAAUGAGAAUUGCCAACAUGGGGGCCAAGAUAUCCGCUGAUAGCGAUGUGCAGGUCCACAUUCUGGCUGGCGAUAUCGGGUCUACCUAUGAGAUGCGAUGGUAUUCACUUUUGCCAGAAAACAAGUGGUCGAAAGAGUAUCUCUCGCCUGUUGGUGAUUCCACUGGACAACCGCGCGUCAUUGUUUACAACGGAGGCACCACUUCCAUCAGCGUAAACUAUGAGUACUAUGCUUCGACAAGCAGCAACAAUCCUAGGCGCCGUGUCUUGCAAGUAGGGCCCAACGAUAUUGCUCGGUCCGAUAUUAUUCCAACUGGAUCUGGUGCGCGGUUCACUUCCACUAAAGAUUUCUUUGCUCUCUCAAUGACCGACACAAAAGCGAAUGGGAGAGUUCCUGGUGAGGACACAUGGGGUCAGAUCUAUGAUUGGGGCUUUCCCUUGGUUCCGGUCAACCAGCUUUCGUCCCAGGUUUUAAUUGGUUGGGGAUAUGGCUGUACCGGAAGCGUUUGUAGUGGAAGGCACGGAAACUCACGAAGUAAGGUGUUUGUUAGUCCGAUGGAAGAUGCGGAUCUCUAUGUUGAUUUCGACAACAAUGGUGUGCACAACACCAAAAUCACAGCCAGACGCUUGUCUUCCACUAAAAUUGUGGACAACGGCGACGACGACAUGUCUGGGGCAAUCAUUUGGGCCACCAAACGCAAUAGCGGUCCUUUGGGACCUCCAGUUGAAAUUGCCGCCGCGUGGGGUCAAGACGGUUCGGCAUCGUACAGUGGCGAUAAUUCAGCCUUGGAUCUUGGAACCGUUGUUGUUCCGUUCUACACUGUUACCGUAAAGCAUUUUGUUGAAAUGGACAAUGACCAAAACAACGACGGAGUCGUCAACCCUGGUGACACACUAUUGUACACCAUCCGCGUGCAGAAUCUCGGACAAGAUGACGUCCAAAUCAAUGACUUGGAUAUUACCAACAACGGUGUUCCAAUACUAACUACGUACAUCGAAGAUUCUGUCUGGUACUAUCCCGACGGCGGCCUCGCCCCUAUCAAGAUUCCCGACAAAACGCAAGGAACGCCUAACCCGUUGGACUCGACCGGUAUUCCUAAUCCGGUGAAGCUUACCAAGCGCGGGGGAACUCACGACAUCAUCUUCAAGGUAGUGACGCAAGGAACCGAGGAUCGUAUCAUCUACAACGACGGAACGAUCCUGCAGGCUCACGAACGUCCGGACCUCCCGUUUGACGUGGAUAUUCCGCUUCUCGUUCCCGCCGGUCAACCGAAAGGGACAAACAAUGACACUCCUGAUGUUUGCAUUCCACCUGGAGCCCGCCGCGAACAGCGACGUCGGCGCCGUCACCUUGCUGCGCAAGAAGCAAAUGAAAUCAAAAGUGCGACUUUUCCGCUUUCCACGUAAAAAACUCGCGGCAUAGCAGAUUGUCCGCUCUUUAUAGCAUUUAACAUCUAGUUCCAAGAAAAUCUUUUAUCAGUCC